UGAAACCGUUUAAAUUGAAGUUUCUUUAUUAACAAUACAUAUAUACUACAUAUGCAUGUACCCUAUAAAUAAAGUUCGCGAUAUCUCUUAACAUCUCAAACUUGUUUUGAUCGAGAUCGAAUCUGAUUGAUUUUAUACAUGUAACUCAGCGUAUAUAUGUGACACACAUCGAUAUGGAUAUACAUUGAACAUCAGAUUAAAUAAGCAAUGGAAAUCUUAUCUAAAUUACUUUACUUAGUUACAUGAUACGCUGUGAUACACCACUCAAGCGACGCUAUUUACCAAAGUACAAAUGUCUGCAUCAACAGGUGAUAGAAACAGCCUGAAAAAUGGCACAGAAGCUCUAAAGGAAGAAUUUGAUCCUACUGAACAUCAGCAUAUUCGAUAUAAUCCCUUGAAGGGAGAAUGGGUGCUAGUGUCACCUCAUCGAAUGAAACGACCAUGGGGAGGGCAAAUCGAAACAGAUAUAGAAGAAAAUCUCCCAGAUUAUGACCCAAAUAAUCCACUUUGUCCAGGCAAUAUCAGAGCUAGUGGACAAAUAACUCCAAUAUAUGAAAAUACAUAUUCAUUUGUCAAUGAUUUUCCUGCAUUAUUGGAAUCAGUUCCUAGUCCAUCUAAAUCAGAAGAUGAAUUAUUUCAAAUGGAUGCUGCCAGAGGUACUUGUAAAGUAAUGUGUUUCCAUCCAAAAUCAAAUGUAACAAUAGCACUUAUGAAAAUUUCUGAAAUUAAAGAAGUGGUUAAACGUUGGAUUUUUGAAAUGCUCGAGUUGGGAGAAAAAUGGACUUGGGUACAAAUUUUUGAAAACCGUGGUGCUGUAAUGGGUUGUAGCAAUUCACAUCCUCAUUGUCAAAUUUGGGCUAGUUCUUUUUUACCAAACGAAGCUAAAAUAAAAGAUAAAUAUCUCAGCGAUUAUUAUAAUCGUAAUAAAAAGCCGCUUCUGAUAGAUUAUGUACAGAAAGAGCUUUUCAAAAAGGAGCGUAUUGUACUGGAAAAUCGAGAUUGGGUAAUUCUAGUACCAUUCUGGGCAAUAUGGCCAUAUGAAACUAUGGUACUGCCCAAGAAACAAAUAUCUAGGAUGCAGGAUUUAUCAGAAAGUCAACAAGAAUCACUAGCAGCUACUAUGAAAAUAUUGUGUACCAAAUAUGAUAACUUGUUCCAUUGUUCUUUUCCUUAUUCUAUGGGUUGGCAUGGAGCGCCAACUGGACCAUAUGUAAAACAAGAUUAUCCUUAUUGGACUUUUCAUGGAAUUUACUUACCGCCAUUAUUACGUUCAGCGACUAUAAAAAAACAUAUGGUUGGUUAUGAACUUCUUGCACAAGCACAAAGGGACUUAACACCAGAACAAGCAGCAGAAAAAUUAAGAAAUUUAUCAGAUACCCAUUACAAGCAUCCAGAAACCAGUUUAACGAGUUGUGAAAUAGAAAAGUAUUCUAAAUGAAUUAAUUCGCUUUAUAUAUAACUAUAUAUUUUUAUAAAUGUAUGUAUCAUUCACAUAUACAUUAUUUAUAAAAAUGUAACGUCGAACAUCACAUAAUGAUACACACACAUUAAUUUUAUGAAUAAAAUUCAAUAAACAUGAAAGUAAAUAAUUACAA